AUGGAGGGCCGUGUGGGCAGCGGGUGCUUUCGCCGCGACCAAAUAGGUGGGCCCAAAUUGCCGUGCAUGUCUCGAGGCCACCGGCCACGCUGUAGGCAGCGGCUCAAUGAGAGCACGCACGCAGGAGAGCCUGACAUCAUGCAAAGCCCUAGCAAAAUCGGUGCCACCUCAGCCUCCACUACAGCCCCUGCUGUGUAUGGACCUCAAGGGUGGGCAGAUCUCCCAGAAGGUCUGCUCCAUUCCAUUGUUCCUCUGUUGAGCUCCUUCAUUGAGCUCCUCAGCUUUGCUGGCACCUGCCGCUCUUGGCGUGCCGCUUUCACCUCAUACCCAUCUAAAUCCACAUUCUGCACCUUGCUCCCACCUCUCGUCGUCCGGCCCCAUAUCAGUGUCCAUGCUCAUGGUAACGAGCUCCGCACAUGUCAAGUCCUUGAUCCAGCCAACAUGAAAAGUACCCUUUCCUGCCAGAUUCCUGAAGAGACAUUUGAGAAGUUGCACUUUGCCGGCUCUUCCUAUGGGCAACUGAUUUGUGGUCACGGCAGAAAUUGUUUUAUCGUGGAUGUGUUCACUGGUGCCAAAGUUUUACCUCCACAGCUCCCAUUUGGCGACAACACUUUUUUCUACUCUGGCAUGCUGACAACUCCCCUUGCAACACUAAACUCACACCUCCUAGUUUGCGUGCAUCUAGAACAGGGCGGUCAGUGUCUGCUUGAUAGGCUGAUUGGAAGUGAUUCUUGGUCAAAACUACAGCUCAAUCUUAAUUAUGCAGUUGUGCAGAUUGUGGAGUUCAACGGUCAAUUCAUCGCGAUGGACACCCACCCUAGGCUCUACACUCUGUCCUUGGCCCCCAGCUUGCCUUGUCUGGUGGUAUGUAGCGGCAUGCUUCUAAUUGUUAACUACAACUACUACUUGAGCACAUCAUCUGGAGCACCUGUCAACUACAAAGCCUACCGCCUGGACAUGUCCACUGAACCUGCAACUUGGGUGGAGGUGGUGAAGUUGGAGAAUGAUGCCCUCUUUUUUGGUGAUGCCAUUUGGGAUGAUUCCACUAACCCUUACCUUGAGUACCGCAGGGCCAUGUACAUCAAGCUUGAGCCAUUCUGGGUGUACCCAAGCAUGUUCUACUUAGAUGGACAGUGA